GCCUGACCCCCGCCCUGCCUGCCCUGCCUGCCCUGCCUGCCCUGCCUGCCCUGCCUGCCCUGCCCGCGCCACCAUGCUCAUCAAGGAGUACCGCAUCUGCAUGCCGCUCACCACCGAGGAGUACCGCGUGGGGCAGCUCUACACCAUCAGCAAGCACAGUCACCAGGAGAGCGAGAAGGGCGAGGGCGUGGAGGUGGUGAAGAACGAGCCCCACGAGGACCCCGUCCACGGCACCGGCCAGUUCACCGAGAAGCGCGUCCACCUCUCCAGCAAACUGCCGAGCUGGGCGCGGGCGGUGACCCCCCGCAUCUUCUACAUCACAGAGAAGGCCUGGAACUACUACCCCUACACCAUCACCGAGUACACGUGCUCCUUCCUGCCCAAGUUCUCCAUCUACAUCGAGACCAAGUACGAGGACAACUGCGGGGACAGCGAGAACAUCUUCCGCAGCGAUAAAAUCCUGGGCGACCACGAGGUCUCCUUCCUGGACAUCGCCUUCGACGAGAUCCCCGAGCGUUACUACCGCAGCCUGGAGGACCCCCGUUUCUUCAGCUCAGCCAAGACGGGCCGGGGGCCGCUGCGGGAGGGCUGGCGCCAGCACACCAAGCCCAUCAUGUGCUCCUACAAGCUGGUGAGCGUCAAGUUCGAGGUGUGGGGGCUGCAGACGCGGGUGGAGCAGUUUGUGCACAAGGUGAUCCGGGACAUCCUGCUGAUCGGGCACCGGCAGGCUUUCGCUUGGGUGGACGAGUGGUGCGGGAUGACAAUGGAGGAGGUGCGGCGCUACGAGCGGGAGACGCAGGAGGCCACCAACGAGCUCAUCGGCCUGGUGGCACCCACCAUCUCGGUCAGCGAGGUGGGGCAGCCCACGACCACGCACUCGGCCCCCGCCAGCACCCCCUCCACCCCCCUCAGCGACGAGGCCCCCGAUUUCCUUGCUCCCCCCAAGACUCGCCCGCGCAAGAAGUCAGCGCCAGAGACCCUGACGCUGCCCACACUGCGGGAACGCGCUGGCGCCGAGUGAUGCCGGCAGUGCCGUGCCGUGCCACCUCCCUGGCCGGACCGUGCCAGCCCCGCCGCCCACCACGGCCCCUCCGACAGGCGCUGACCCUGGGGAGGGACCCACUGUUGGGGCGCAGGGAACUCCAGGGGGGUACUGGCCUCCCCAAGCCAUUGCGGGUGCCCACGUGGGACGUUGCCACCGUGGCUGUGCCGGACCCGCUGGCUGCGCAGGGAGGGGAUGCCAGGCCAGCGUGGGUCCCCGGCAGUGUCUGGCGAUGCUGCAGGGGCCGGUUUGCUCAGCGCCGCCCACCCUGGUUUCCUCAGGAGCUGCCGAAGCUGCCGAGCAGUGGGGCUGUGGCAGCCGGUGCCCGUGUGCCGCGGCCGGGCUGGGCGCCGGUGCCGGGCUGAGCAGCUGCGGGGCUUGGCGAGCGAUGCUGGAGCAUCACCCUGGAGGGUAGGCACCGGCACAGGGGCACAGCGCGUGUGACAGUGACAGUGACAGCCGGGUGCUGGGCUGGGGCUCCCCGUGGGAG